AUGUCCGAGACCAGCGGCAACACGUCGUUGCUGAAGUCGUCGGCGUCGUCCUGCGGGACCGAGAAGCGCUCGGUCGCCAAGAAGGCGUGUCUCUCUUGCAGAGAGAAGAAGAUCAAGUGCGACGGCGAGUUGCUGAUCUCGUACCCAAACAACCCCAACUCGAAAACAACGUCGUACAAGACGUGCUCCAACUGCAAGGCCACGGGCCUCGAGUGUGUCUUCGUGCCCAGCAAGAGAGGCGGGCGCAGAAAGCGCAAGACGGAGUCGCUGUCUAUGUCGGGCAUGCGCUCGGAGAACUCGUCCAUGGUGUCGUUCUCGGCGUCGCACGUGAACAACGACGACGACGACGAAGACGACGACGACGACGACGACGAAGACGGCAGCGGCAGCACCGCAAUGCGACACAAAAAUAGCAACAACACCGCCAACGCUGCUGCGUGCCCGGUGGAGAAGGACUACCGCAACGGCGCAGGCGGCAGGCCCGCAGACCCCUACAUGGUGCAGCUGGUGCCGCCCCAGCCCUACUACUCGAACUACGGGCCCCAGCAGGCCUACCUCCAGCAGCCACCGGAUAAAGUUCCCCAGAGACAGGCGCAGCAACCGCAGCACGCGCAGCAUGCCCAGGCCUCCCAGCAGCAGCAUCAGCAACAGCAGCAACAGCAGCAGCAGCAGCAUCAGCAGCAGCAGCAUCAGCAACAGCAACAGAUCCCGCCGCCGCCUCCGUGGCUUCCGUAUGGCGUGCCAAUCUACUCCGAGAUGAACGGCUCCUACCCGACUCCGUACCACCCGCAACAAGCACUGGACGCAGCCUCCGCUGCCAAGCGGGACCACAUCACCACUGUCACUGCAGAUGGAAGCAAGGUACUGGGCCACCCGCCCACCGUCGGCAGUAUGCCCUAUGCCUCGGGCCUCAAAUCCGACACAGACUCGCAGCUCAAACCUCAGAUGAACUCCCGCAGCUCAAACGGCCAGCCUCACAUGAAUGGCGUCAGGAACAACCCGAUGACCAGUCCUUAUAUGUACCAAUACCAAUAUCCUUACUACAUGCAGGAUUCACAGCAGCAUUCCUCCAUGCCUGGCCCACCACCUCUUCCACACCAACAGUCCUCCUCGAGCUCAGUUCCGCCGUUGCCCGCUCCUCUCUCACAACACCCACUCCAUUCGCUAGGACAGGUGCAGCUGCCAUUACAGUCACCCUAUCAAUACCAAUACCAAUACCAGCAUCAACCCUAUUUCCCAUCUCAUACUUACAUCAUGCCCCAGCCUCAACUCUAUCCUAACUAUCCGCACACAUCCUACCAAAACAGUCAGAGCAACGGGAAGGUCCAACAUGCUCCUGGUAACGAAAGGCGGGUAAAAUACAUUGAUUUUGAGGACAAAAACUCAAUCCAUUACUUGAAAAAGAAAAUUGACAAGGGUUCUGGUUCCAUGAUUUCCUCUUCAACAGGAUCUGCCGUUUCAGUACCUAAUGAAGAACACGGUACUGGGAAGAUCACAGAAGUUUUUCAAGUUGAGGCUCGCGGCGGCCCUCAUUAUGUGAACGACAGUACCAAGGAUAGCGAUACUUGGUCUGUACCAUUGAGUUACAAUGAUUCGGUAUCCAUGAUAGAGAGUAAGCGUAGAAGACAAGCAGAAAUGAAGUAUGAAAAUAAAUUCAAGGCCAUAAAUGAGUCGGAUCUUUCUGUUGACAAAAAUGGUAAAAGACUUAGUGGGAAGGAUCAUUAUGCAGAUUUCAGCAAAAGUAAUGAUAGUGCUAGUAAUGGAGAUGUUACCCGUAAAGGCGAUAUCACUGUUAGCAACAAUCAUAAGUAUACUUCGAAGAGCUCAAACCCGAACUCUCAAUCCGACUCGUUCGACUCACACCAGAAUAAAGGCUUAUCUGACUACUCAGUUACUGACGUUUCAACUACAAAACGUUGGAUCGACGAACAGUCAAACGAAAUGAAAAGGACAGCAUUGGCCAAUGAGCAUGAAAUGAGAGAAUUGAAGAAACGCCAGAAAAAGUAUCAACCUUUGAAGUUAGACGUAAAGUGCCCAAAGUAUCUCAAUCCAUCACUAUUGGAAGCUUCGGGUCUACCUGACUACCAGACGCUCUACAAAUUGGUUGGCGUCUACUACAAGUACUUAAACAUGCACACUUUGAUUUUGCCGAAUAUGUCGUAUUUUCUCGAUAAUCUGUAUCUAUGUGACGACUCCGUUGCGUUGUUGGCCUCAAUUUUCAAGAUGUCAGCUAAAUAUAUCUCUCAUAACGAGGUUGACAAUGUCUGGCUAGAUGAAUCACAUUGGGAAAAGGUCUACUCUGACCGAGAAGAUAAGAUAACGACCAACUGUGCGAUUCUUUGUACACUGAUCCAAUGCACACGAGGUGAAGACGAUUGCGUCAAUAGUUGUAUUGAGCGUGCCUCAUUUGCUAAUUUGGAUCUCACUCUAUCUGGUAUGCCGUGGAAUGAGUUGGAACAAUUGAAGGCCAAUAACUCAAUCAGCUCAGUAGCAUUGCUCGAAAGAGAGAUCAUGAUCAGAGCUUACUGGUGUGCGUAUCGGAACCAACUAUUUCGGAGAUUGAGUUUUGGCUAUCCUUAUUCAAAAGGAGAAGGAGAUGCAGCUCUGAAGCUUAACAAAAACAUUGAGCUGCCUCUCUCAGAUGUGAAGUACUAUAAAGAGUCAGAAACGCUAUACGAUUUCAAGAAGAUGUAUUACAAAAAGCUAUCGCUUUCCUCAAUUAGUACGACAUAUCCAGAUGGAUCCAAGUUAUUUGAUUCAGCAUGUGUGAUUGUUUCUUUACUACUUCUAGAAGAAGUUCUUGAUAGUAUUUCCAACCAGACCUUGUUCUCUUACACCAUUAUGCGUUUUUCUCAUAGGUUGAAUAAGAACUUUCAGAUUCACGAUAAAUUCAAACAUUUACAGCCUUACCAACUUGAAACACAUCCGAAAAAAGAACCUCAUAUCAUCAUCAAUUCGAGCAAUUUUACUAGCACUCUGGUAAACAGAACAACGUGCUUGGUACUUUCCAUUGCAUUAUGUGAAAAGCUUUUGGUAUACCCUGCCAAAUCUAUCAAGCCAUUUAGAUCUCAAAUAAACCCUUUCAAUGAUUUAUCUUUGGUUGAAGUUGAACCUGAUUUAAUAGUCAAGAAAUCAGAGGAAAUAGCCGAUCCGGAAGAAAAGCUGCAAAAUUGGGUUUGGUUCUUCAAAGCUAUAGACGUUUCUUACGAUAUGCUACUGCUUUUGGAAUUGGGAGAUGGUGUCUGCUCUGCAACACUAGGUGAUACAUCUUUGAACGAAGUGUUUGAGACAGUCAUUGGUCCAUGCUGCGCAGGAAGCUCUGUUGUCGAGGAGUGGUGCAAAUUUAAUACGUGGACAAUGAACGUUUCGAAUGUUCCAGUUGAAAACCAAGGGUGGAUCCAAAUGCCAUUUGUAACUGUUUGGGCCGUUGUUCAAGCUUGGUCUUUCCUAUCUUCCUUGGCUCUCUCCCUCAAAGUUCUUGAUUUUGUUUGUGAGGAGUCCCCUGAACCAGUGGACUCAAAUGAUGUCACAGAUGCCACAGAUGCCACAAAUGAAGAUCGAUAUGGUCUAAAUUUGAGUGAAAAUGAAGAUGAAGAGCGUAUACAAGUUACUGGCGAUGCAGGUAGAAUUGACAGUGAGGCCGAUUUUAAGAAAAAGGUGAAGCGUGACAACUGUAAUGUGGGUAGCGCCUCCAAAAUCGAGAACUUCGAUGAGUUUAGAGGAAAAACUGUCACAAUUGUAGAAAAAGCCACUGGAAAAACUGUUGUUUCUGGAAUCACGUUCGAAAGUGCACCGGUUAUUUUGAAUUUAAUUCUAAAAAGCAAGGCUCGUGCUAAAAGCGACAAGAAAGAUGAGAUAAUGAAUAUGAUACUUGAGAAGAUGAAGCUUGUCAGGAAGUAUCUGGGGAUUAUGGAAAGAUACAACGGUGAUUGCAAGGUUGCUGGAGUCUAUUGUGACAAAGUACUAAACUAUAUUAUCAAGUUAGCCAACGAUGCAGACUAA